UCGCACCUUACAUUCUCUCUUCCUGCUCAGGUCCGUCCAGCUUGUCUGCUGGCUCUCUCUCUCUCUCUCUCUCUCUCUCUCUCUCUCCCCCCAUUACCUGACGCCAUCACUUGCACAAUUUAGGAGCCUAGUUCUUCUACAAUGCAGACAAGAACUGUUCAAGUAAAGAACGUUUCAGAUCUAGCGAGUGAGAGGGAGAUUCACGAGUUCUUCUCCUUCUCUGGAGAUAUUGAACACAUUGAUAUCCAGCGUGACUCUGAACAAUCAAAAGUUGCAUUCGUUACUUUCAAAGAUCCUAAAGCACUUGAAAUCGCCUUGUUGUUAUCGGGAGCAACAAUAGUAGACCGGAUUGUGAGCAUAUCCCCAGCUGAAAACUAUGUUCCAAAACACCAAGUGCAGGAUGUAGCCGUGGUUAAUAAUGCUGUAUCUGUAGUUCCUGAUGAAAAUAGUUUGCCAAAUGCCGAGGCGAGGAGUAGUCCCAAUAGAAAUGGAAGGAUUUAUGUCAGCAGAGCACAAGAUGUGGUUGCGAGCAUGCUGGCCAAAGGUUCAGCACUUGGUCAAGAUGCAGUAAAUAAAGCAAAGGCAUUUGAUGAGAAGCAUCAGUUAACAGCCAGUGCAUCUGCCAAAGUUAUGUCCUUUGAUAAAAGAGUUGGGCUUACAGAUAAACUAACAGUUGGUAUUUCAGUGGUUAAUGAGAAAGUGAAGUCUGUUGAUCAGAGGCUUCAUGUAUCCAAUAAAACAAUGGCAGCAAUAUUUGCUGCAGAGAGGAAAAUAAAUGACACUGGAUCAGCUGUCAAGUCGAGCAGGUACGUUACCGCAGGGGCAGCAUGGUUUAGUGGUGCUUUCAGUAAAAUUCAGUGA